ACAAUAUGUCCACUAAGAGCUGUUUACUGCUGCAGCUUCACACUCGUCGCAGUCCUGCUUUCUAAGCGCUGUUCUGAUUUAAUCCACAAAGUCAUUUUUGCUUUGCUCGACAAGGUCUCGACUGUUCACUUCAUCAGUCCAGUCGAGGCGCUCAUCCACUUGCGCGACAGCAGCGUACAGCCCAGACCGAUAAGUUGCAGCGCAAGGAGAUUGUGGGAGGACUCUGACAAGGUGUUCGCCCGGAGUUAUAGAGGCACAGAGGGAAAUCGCACAGAAAAUCGCGAACUCCUCACCAACAAAAUCCCAAUUUGUUUAUGCCGGGCCGGGUAAAGAGAAGUACACGCGCGCUGUUUUUACGCACAAGCAGCAAAAGAACCCGCGGAGGGAGCGUCCGUCUGCCGCCACCAUGUCCGCUGCAACAGCUUCAGUAGCAGAUGUGUCCAGGACUGAUUUUACAAACAGGGAUAAUAGCCGUGUCCGGAAAAACACAGGUCACCCGCAGGCUCAGUGCACACCCAUGCCCCUGCCAGCCCUUGGCACUCAAAGGAUCAUUCAAGGCAAUGGGACCAAUGUGGGCACAGUCAUUUCUUUACAGUGUCCAGCCAAACACAAACUGGUAGGCAACGAGCUGACGUGUGUUUUGGACAACAACAGCCCCCAUUGGGUGGGGGAGACUUAUUGUAAACCUCUGUCUCCUUACGAGGACUAUGGUUUCCGUGUGGCUGUGCUGGCAUCCAUUAUAAGCUCAGGCAUAAUCUUACUCAUGUCCAUGGCCUUUAUCACCUGCUGUCUGCUUGACUGCAUCAAAGAGAACAAAAGAAAAAAGGAGGAGAGAGAGUCAGAUGUGUGGCAUUUUGAGGAACAGGAACAGCAUCGGGACGACAGCAGAUCACAUUACAGCCAUAAAGGUCGAAACAACAAUAACAACAACACCCAGGAGAAAGCAUUUCCUCUGUGGGACACUGGUAACCCAGCCAUGUGUGACAACAUAAGACCCUGCAGAUGUCAGCAGCAGUAUGUCUAUGGUCCCCCUUCCUGCAACUAUGGCCCCCUGCCUCCACUUGCUGCUCUUCCGGGACUUGAUUAUGAACAGCCACUCCUACCCCGAAACCUGGAUUAUUGUCCACCUCAGUACCCUGGACCUCCUCUGUCCUCCAGUCAAACAACCAGCCCAAUCCCAUUGCCUGGGUCUGGAGUGGUAUGGCAGUACGGAAGACAGCACAGCAGAUUAUCAGAAGCCAACCCACCACUCACAAAUGAAACCAGCACACGGAAUAUAAACUCAAACAGGAAUAUAAAUCCCAAAGAACUUUCCAUAAGGAUUAUAUCAGUGUGAGGACACAUUGCCUGUGGCCAUUCAUCAAGAUAUUGUUUACUGGCCAGAUCUGUACAACAUUAACUCUAUUAAUGAGGAGUACAUCAGGAUGUGUUGUCUUUUUUUAUGUCUGCAGUGCUACACAGUAUGAGGGUUCUGUAGGUUUUGAGAUUACAGGUUUACAGCAUGUGCCUUGUGUGAACUGUGAUGGCACACUGCCCUCUGGCGGGAAAGGGGAGCCAUCGCAUUUUCUGUGACGUGGGUGACACAAUUCAAUGAUGUGGAAAGAUUUGUACUUGAAUAAAAAAAAAAACCUUGUGGUUAAGGGUCAAACUUAAGGUGUUUAUUGAAGAUCAUAACACGUUGUAUUAAAAUAUGAAGGUGUCAUGGUUUUUAAA